AUGAUCGACCGGAGUUUGUCUCCGUUGACAUUUGAUGAUGUGAUUCCCUUGCCGCAUCGUGUUGCUAUAAUGUUCCAACUAGGUGUUUUCCUUUUUUACUCCUUGGUGUGGGUCAUCUACAAUGGCUUCCUGGUAAACUGCUUGGCCUUAUUGAACUUUGCAUAUUCUUCCCACAAGUUCUCUGGAGAUGGGCAUGACGUAAAGGUAGUCACAGGGGAAAUGGCUACUGUGAGUUCAGCCGAAUCCAGCGAAAAUAUGCUAUUAAUCAUGGGGAUCCGGAAGACCUUUGCAAAGACAUUCACCUUCACCUCGUCGGGUUUAGUUGUCUAUUGGACGUGUUUAAUAGUUUUACCCGGCUCUCCUAUUCUUGAACUUGCUGCUACAUGGUUACCGGCGUGCUUGCUUCUAAUCAGUCUAUAUACAUCUUUCAGAUUGGGUGACACCUGGGGUCAAAACAGGGUGAACGCGACGUUAAAAAGAGUUCUUGUGGGUCGCAUCAACUCUGCAACCAUGAGAACGAACGACAUUUUGCUUUCUGAUACACUCACCUCCUACUCAAAAGUUAUAAAUGACUUUGCGUCACUCCUCUGGGUCAUGCUUAUGCCAGGUGAUAUCACGUACAACAACAAAGUGGAAGCAUUGGUUUUAUCAUAUCCAGCGCUUCUUAGAAUGAAGCAGUGUUGGUAUGAGUUCAAGUCGACACGUCAAAGACAACACCUUCUCAAUAUGUGUAAGUAUUUGGCACUGCUCGGACCUGUGCUCAUCAACCUACUCAUUAAGAUUAACAUGGGACUUGUAUCGGAUGCAGAUGGAUCCCAAACCCUAAACAAGUUAAACAGAUGGUGGUAUGUUCUCCUGGCAUUCAGCUCGAUGUACCUGUUCAUUUGGGAUAUAAAAAUGGACUGGGGAUUCGAAGCAUUUGAUAUUCUAUUCAGACUGAAUGUUGGAGAGGCGCUUUUAUUGCGUAGUCCCAGCAAAUUGGUAUGCAAAGGGUAUCCUGGUUACUACCUUGUAAUUCUCUUUGACUUUGUCAUUCGCUUUAUUUGGGUGUUUAAGGUAUUUGUCAUAAAAGAAACCGAGAUUAAAUUGAGACUUCAGAAUCAUGUUGGCAAUUUCUUGUUUGGAUAUGACUACUUGUCGCUUGGAUAUGCGAUAUUGGAAUUCCUUGAAAUUUUCAGAAGGUGGUUAUGGUGCUUUAUCAAAUUGGAAAGCGAUCUUGUAAAACUCCAGCUCCGGGACGAUUUCGCAAGAGCCACGCCUUUAGCGACUUUAAAGCUAAACUGA